AUGGCACAGUUCUUGAUCGCACAGCGAAAAUGGACCUUCGUGAUGCUCUUCGUCUUGAUGCAGGGCUCCCUAGCCGCGUAUCUGUCUAAGCGCAGCACGACUAUAACAAUUCCGGACGGCGUCACCUACCAUCCCGAGUCGCAGGAUAUUUGUACACAGACCUCAUGGACGGACGUAGUUUCAUUCUUUGUGGGCAAUUACUUGUCGCACGUCGCAACCAUCAUUAAGGCACCCGGUGAACCUAUAUACAUCACCGGCUUGAAUAUGGUUUUCGUCCUAUUAUUUCCUUGCUUCGGAGCCGGUCGCGGCCUUGUCACGAUCUACCAACGGGCAAGCUUUUAUAAAGACCCGCUACAGCAGGCGCUGAGAGCCCAGGCGUUGGUUAUGGUGGUUCGGGUCUCUGGUGAAUGGCAGCCGCAGGCUGGGGAUUCUCUACGCUCGCUCUGUUUGUGGCCCCCGAAAAAGGCUCAAAGUAAUAAAGCACGGCUCGAUCCGGAAGAGUACUACCAAGCAGCCCUUAGUAAGCAUUGGACAAAAGUCAAUGCAGAGAAGUUCAAGGGUUAUAUAGGACGGUUCAAGAUGAUCAUCGCGCCACCUCCUUGGUUAACCAUGAAUUACGGACUGAGCAAAUUGCAUAUGAUCGCUGAAAGAGGCUACCGCGUCUCUGGAACAUGCAACCUACCACAAGGAUAUCGACUCGCUUACGUUCCACCUAACGCGCAGGUGGAACAUGUCAUGCCGGAAGUCGCACUGAGUCGCAUCCUUCAGACAUCAUAUAGCCUGGCCUCUGGCGUCAUCUCUAUUGUGCAAAUCUUCUCCGCUUGUUCUGCCCUGUACCAGUCUAAGGGCCACCAAAUCGAUGCGUAUGGAUACGCCGCGUUUGGUUUCACCGUUACACCGUAUCUGGUCAUGUCCUUUGUGAAUUUGCUUGCCAACUGUUUUACGCCAACUUUUCCGAACCUCUAUCUCGUUCAUACUGAGAUGAUGGAUGAGGCUAUUAGUCGUGGUGGCGAGUUUACUGAUAUUGUUGGUAAAUUGGAGAGCGAGCCGCUUCUCGCCGAGGAUCUGACUUUGUUUACUGCUUCGAUUGAGCCGCCGCAGCAGGAAGGGGGUCAGGUUCUGUGUCGAAUUGCCAAUCAGAUGUUUGAGCAUGGGAGCACGGAGCCGAUCCCUACAAAGCACGAAGGACAGGACGGGCAGCAUUCUGCCGGCGAGGAUAACAUGGGACUAUUGGCUAUUCCUCAAGAGGGGACUUCAUCACCUCUAGACCAGGAAGUAGCACAAAAGCAGGCUUCAGUGACAAUCGAACACGACCAUACCCCCGGAGAGCCUCAAACUGAUGAGGAUGACGACGAUCCAAUUCCUACUCUAAUCAUCCCCGGAUGCUACAAAUUCAAAACCGCCUACUCCAACACUUCAUCCACAAGCAUCCUCCACAGAAGGAAACACUACGGUCCUCGCGGCGUGAUGGUAAGUGGAACAACCUGGGGUGUCGCCGCGCUGCCUUUCAUCCCGCUAGGCGUAAUGUCCAAGUUUCGAACGGGGACCAGCAGCACCAUCGCGCAGAGAGUGUGGCUGAUGACUUGGUACAUCGUUGGGAUGGUGUCGGUGUCAAACCCGUAUUUUACAGACCACUUCGUGGAUGUUGUCUACCACCGCUCUCGACGGUUGAUUAAAAAUCAUGGAAUUAGCGGGAAGCAUAUUUUGUUUUUGCAAGCACCUUGGAUGGUGAUCGUGUUGAUGGUUUUGGCUACCCCAGCUAUUGGGGGGUUUGUUGUUGUUGGGCAGAUGUUGAUUGCGUAUGGAUCUUGUACGGGGCUCUAA